GUUAAUAGUCUUUUUUUUCGAAAACCGUGUUAUCAUUCGGUGAUUAAUUUAACCUUGGCUUAUCAGUUAUUAUCAUACGGUUCGCCCUUCACCGUCCUGUUUGCUGGUCGGACGGUAGGUACUCGUUUUUUUUUUCACAUUUUGUAAAUUACCAUUGAAUAAUUAGCGAGUCUGCGAACACGGGGAACCGGGGGACCAUUGGAGGGGAAAGUCGAAAAGUCAAUUACAUACAUUAAUGUAAGGACGUUUUGGAACGGUAAGUAACACAUUUACAGGUCAUAAUUAUUGGUAAAAAGAUUGGUAGGUAUAGGUAGAUACUGUUUGUGUCCGUCCGUGUUGUCAACCUACUGUGUUUUUUAUUCAUUAUUGUACUUCGGUAGGGAUUCUUUAAUAAUAUUAUAUUGAUCUUUAUUGAUUAUUGAUCAUUCGUUUCAUACAAUUAACUUUUAUUGUGUCGCAUACCUACAUAUAUAUAUAUAUAUAUAUUUAUCUAACACUAUAACUUUAUUAAAUAUUACCAGUGUGCUGGUAGAACGGGUAAAUAACACCGACUGUGAAAUGGCGGCUACCGACGACAAGAGUAAAAAACUGGCACGAUGGUACUUCGGUGGCCUCGGUUCGGCCGGCGCUGCAUGCUGUACACAUCCGCUGGAUUUACUCAAGGUAAGCUUUUUGGAUUUGCAGUUUGUACAACUGACAGUAUGCUUGACUGUGUAAAUGCCAUCAUUCUGUGGUUCAGGUACAUUUGCAAACACAGCAAGAAGGAAAACUGUCUGUCAGCCGUUUGGCUUUGAAAAUCGUCAAAGAACAAGGUGUAUUAUCGUUGUACACUGGUAUUUCAGCAUCUCUGUGUCGGCAACUGUCAUAUUCAACCGUUCGAUUUGGAAUUUAUGAGGUCUGAUAAAGUUUAUUUGUAUUCAUAACUAUUUUAAUCGCACUGAAUUUAGACCAAAUACAAUAUUUAUUCUUUAACUGUUGAACUGUUUAAAUUUUAAAUGCUUGUAUUUUGUUUUAACAUAUUAAUUUUUUCUCUAUUACGUUACCUAUUAGCAAAAUUUGUAUAAUUUACUCAUGUUAAUGUGGUGGCUAUUAAAUUAUAGAAACCUCAAGUCUUAGAUAAAUUAAAUACAUUUUUUUGUGAAAAAGAAGAAUAAUUGCUCUGUUUUGGAUAAAUAGCCACAAGUAAAUCAAACAUCAAUUACAAAAAGUAAUAGGUACAUAAAAAAAUAUAAACUAUAUUGUUUUGAAAACAAUUUUAAGAAAUAUAUAUUUAAUUUUAAGGUACUAAAAUAUUUUAGUAAAUAUAUCAAAUUACUUGAAUUCUAAACAUAUUUUAUGAUUUAAUUCUAGGUUGGAAAACAGGCAAUGACUGUUCCAGGUGAAAAUAUCCCGUUUUAUAAAACUGUUCUACUUGCUUCAGCAGCAGGAGCAGCUGGUGGUUUUGUGGGUACUCCAGCAGACAUGAUUAAUGUAAGAAUGCAGAAUGAUGUCAAGUUACCGUUGGAAAACCGCAGAAAGUAUGAAGAUAGUUUUUAAAUAAAUUACAAAUAAACCUUUAUAGUAUUACUCGUUUGUUGUUUUAGUUACAAGCAUGCUUUCGAUGGUAUGUUGCGUGUUUGGCGAGAGGAAGGGUUCCCCAGAUUGUUUUCAGGUGCAUCGACAGCAACAAUGCGUGCUGUUCUAAUGACUGUCGGACAGUUAUCGUUCUACGAUCAAGUAAAGCAAUUACUGUUGGCCUCUGGAUACUUUGGUGACAAUUCUACAACACACUUCUUGUCCAGUUUAACGGCUGUGAGUAUAUAAUGCGAAUUCUAACAAUAUCUCUGAUGCAAUUUUCAUUAUCAAAUUUUUCUCAUAACUUAUAGGGUGCUGUAGCAACAACUCUUACUCAACCGUUGGAUGUAUUGAAAACUCGUGCCAUGAAUGCUAAACCUGGAGAAUUUUCAGUAUGCACAAUAUUAUUUAAAACUGCCGAAAACUAUAGGUUUUUCGUUUUAACUAAAUACUUUUUUUUUAGGGUACACUUGAUUUGGUUAGAUACACCGCGAAACUUGGUCCCAUGGGAUUCUUUAAAGUGAGAACCUUAAUAUAUAAUAUUACUACUAUAAAUAUAUUUUUUCAUUUUGAUAUUAUUUUAUCUAGGGUUAUGUACCGGCAUUUGUAAGGUUAGCUCCUCAAACAAUUCUCACAUUUGUUUUUUUGGAACAAUUGCGAUUAAACUUGGGCUACUAUAAAACAUAACCAUAGUAACGAUCUAGUCAUGAAAUAUGUUUUUAUUAAGUUUAAAGAACGAUAUGCUCUAUUGGCAUAAUCAUUUUUCUGUAUUAGUCUGUCGUUAAACAUUCUUUCAUUUUUAUUCUAGAUAUUUAUAUUAUAUUAGAUAUAUCAUUUUAUAAACAGAUUACCAUAAAAUUAUAGUAUUUUAAGGGGUGUGGCAAAUUGUUUAAUCAUCUAUCUUCUUAAUGGACUUGGUUUAUAUAUUUUUUAAAAAUUUAAGUAACUACAGAAUGUUUCUUGGUUUGUCUAACCGAAGCUAAACAAAUAUAUUUUUUAAAUUUUUUGUCUUCAAUUAAAUGUUUCAACAAUUUAUUUUUGAGACUAUCACUGUUUAAUCUAUUUCUACUAUUAAAACUACUGAUUUAAAUAAAUAAUUAAUUUAGAAUUUUCUGUUAAUUCACUUUUAAAACAUGACAAAGUUAACUAGCCAUUUUAAUCAUUUUAUCAAGAGCAACAUGUUUUUAUGUUUAAAAGUUAUACUCAUAGAUGUUCAGUUUGUUCCAAAAACAUAUAUUUAAAAAUACAAAUUCCUUAUGAAAAUCUACAAAUAGAUCAAUAAUUGUUUCCAAGAUUGUUGUAUAUUUGUGCCAAACAGUCAAAAUAUAAAAGCUAAGUAAAUGUCUUGCAACUUAAGGAACACUCUGUAUUUUGCAACCAAAGCAAUAUUAUGUUAUGCAACAAAAUCAAAAUGUUUAUAAUUUGAGUUUUAGAUUAUAUUAAAACAUUUAUUUAUUGUUAGUUUAUAAUAUAGAAUUAUUACAACAAAACAUAAUAAUAUUUAAUACUAAUAGAAUUAAUAAAAAUAUUUCUCCAAAAAUUUAUCGACUGAUUAAAUAUUAAUCAUCCUUAGAUUAAUAACACUUUAAAAAUAAGUGAAGAAUUGAUUUAUAUAAUAUUUUAAUGUUUGAAACUAAUUAUUAAUUGUUUAUGUUUGUUAAAAAUGAACAUUCAAUUUAUUUCUUUGAAGAUUUUUGAGCUUCCAUUGGUUGCCAAAUUUUUAGAUAUUAUUGUGUUAAUUAAAUAUUAACAUUCCUGAUUUUUUUUAACCUUUCGGUAUAAUUAUUAUAUUUAAUAGAUAAAACAUAUUUCCAUAUUAGUGGUAAUAUAGAUUUAGUUGAUUUUCGAUAGGGUCUAAUUUAAAGUACAGAACAAAAUAAUUAUCAAACGAUAUGUUUACUGGACCAAUUAAUAAUCUCAUUAAUUGCUUUUAAUGUAUGUUUUUUUCCAAUUUUUUUUAUUACAAAUAUUAAAAUGUAUUAAGUAUUUUUAUUGUGUUAUAUUAACAUUCCCAAACAACAUGUUUCUAAAAUUGUGUGCAAUUUAUCUUUAACCGCAAUAGUUAUCAUUAUUGUUUGUAUUCUAUGUGAAGUGAAUUCAAUCGUGAACUUUAUUUUUAAAAUUACAAGUUCAUAAUUAUUUUUAAAAACCAGAAAAAUGAUCAAAUUCAUGUAAUACAUAAUAUUAUAUAAAAAUACCUCAUAAUAUUGUAUGUAUAACUAUAUAACUAUAUGUAUAUAUAUAUAUAUAUUUAUAUAUUUUUUUUUAAAUUGUAUUAUUGUUAUAGAUCCUUGUUGUUUUAAUAAUUAUAGAUUUUAUUUGAUUUUUGAUUUUUAUUU